CCAAACUCCCACCCUCUUUGCCUUCUUAGAUUUUUUUUUUUUGUAAUAAAGAUUUUUAAUUUGUUACUUUAAACGUGUGUGUGAGAGAGAGAGAGAGAGAGGUCUUUGCUCUGAAUUUUCAACCUUGUUUCUGAUUGAUCCAUAAAUCUUCGCCUUGUUAGAGAAGAGUCUCAUCUUUCUUCAUUUCAAGAACUCCUCCACUGAUCGCCUUGUCUCUUAUUUGAUAACCAUUGGAGCAAGAUAACUCAGAAGCUAAAAGAAUGCGCGCACCAUCUUUGCUUGCGCAAUGCUGGCCAGGUUUGAUGCCCCAGGACUGUAGUGGUGUGUCUGCACUAUCUGAGAAGGAUUUGCAGCUUCCAUCACCAGCUGUUGAGAUCUUACCUUCUAAGACAUCAGCUCAACACAGGUAUUCAGGUGAAAAUCUAGAUGUGCCCGGUUUACCAAUUUUCAAGGGAAAAGUAAGUGUUGCUGAUAUGAUCGGACUCUCUAGCUCAGAAACUGCUCCUUUUAAAUAUGAAGGUUCUAUGAAAAGUUGGGAAAGUGCUAUUGUUCUUGUUGAUGUACUUAAAAACGAGAUCCGUGAUGGACAGCUUAGCUUCAGGGGCAAAAGGGUCCUCGAGCUAGGUUGCAACUAUGGAGUUCCUGGGAUAUUUGCCUGCUUGAAAGGUGCUUCCUCAGUCCACUUUCAAGACCUCAACGCAGAAACAAUAAGAUGCACAACCAUCCCAAACGUUCUUGCGAAUCUUGAUCAAGCUCGGGACAGGCAAAGCCGUCAGCCAGAAGUCCUUCUCACACCAUCAAGACAAGCCGUCUCUGCAUCUGUCCGUUUCUAUGCAGGAGAAUGGGAAGAGCUCCCGACCGUUUUAUCUAUCAUAAGAACAGAUGUCCUUGAACCAGUUAACCAGGGAAUGAACUUGAGUUUCUCAGAGGAAGACUUCAUGGACGGAUGUAGCAGCCAAGAAGGGAGCAUUACAGGACAGCCAGAUUUCUCCUCGAGGCGUUCGAGGAAGCUCUCUGGAAGCAGAGCGUGGGAACGAGCAAAUGAGACUGAGCAAGGAGGAGAAUGUGGGUAUGAUGUUAUACUAAUGACUGAGAUCCCUUACUCGGUUACUUCUCUGAAGAAACUAUAUUCUCUCAUUAAGAAGUGCCUUAGACCACCUUAUGGUGUGGUGUAUUUGGCGGCAAAGAAGCAGUAUGUGGGAUUCAACAGUGGAGCGAGACAUCUGAGGAACUUGGUGGAUGAGGAAACUAUCUUAGGAGCUCAUUUGAUUAAGGAGACUACAGACAGAGAUGUCUGGAAGUUCUUCCUCAAGUAAAGUGUAGAAGAACUCACUCAUGACCAGAUACUCUGCAGCUGCAUCAGUUGAAAACAAUCAAAUGCAAAACAUUUUUUAUUAUAUUGUAUAAUUUAAUGCAGUAUUAUGUUCCUUCAUUGUACCGUUUUAACUGUGGAGUCAAAAUUUGAUCAAAGUUGGGCAGUAAUUUUACUUGACUCUUCUAUU